CCUGUAGCCGCAUCUAGAUACUUUUACAAAUAUCUUUCUCAAAUUGUGCAAUUUCUUGUGGAAAAAUCCUCCAAAAUGUCUUCAUAUUCGUUUCAAGGUCGAUCUCGUGUUUGGAUUCCUCGAGAUGAAGAAGAAAAUCGUGCAAUAUUCUCGGCAAUGCGUCAGGAAACUGGAAUCACAAUGCCUGAGGAAUUCAAACCCAUUUACCUGGAGAACGAGGAAUACGAGGUUGAGAAAUGGAGUGUCAAGCAAUUGAUCAAACUCCUUCGACUUUAUGGCUCACAUCGGUGUCUGUGGGAUCCCGAUGAUCCAUUUCAUAAGAAUCGUAAAAUGCGAAAGGCCGCCAUGAUUGACAUCACAGCUGCAAUGGGUCAAGAUGUGACCAUGGAAAUUGUGAGCCAGAAAAUCAAUGUAAUUCGCUCGACCUAUCGCUAUGAGAAACGUCGAAUCAAACAGCGAAUCAAGAAGGGAGUCGGAGCUAGAACCAAAUUAAAAUGGUUCGCUUUGGCUGAUUCAUUUCUGAGGAAUGUCCCGAGAGCUGAUAAGUUCAGAAAACAAGAUGGCCCCGCAGAUUCUGAUUCCGACCUCGAGGACACAAUCGUCUUCACCAUCGAUCCAGAAAUUCUAAUUCCUCUCGAAGAGGACAAUUCUGGCAAUCAGAAUUGCAUCACAAUUGGUGAUAAACAGGCUCUCCCUCUAGCCAAAAAUGAUCCCGAAGUCAUGGAAAUUAAUGAACAAACUGAAGAAAUUCAUCAAAUGCUUGAAAAUAUCGACGACGACGAUGAUAAAAAAUUCACUGAUAAAUGUCGUCCAUCGUUGAAAUGGAAAUCCAAACAAACUAUUGACUUCCUUAAGAUCUACCGGAAGCAUAAAUGUUUGUGGGACACAAGAGAUGAGAACUACAGAAAUAGACCAAGUCGGUUGGAAGCUAUGAAAGCAAUGGCUAAGGAAUUCAAAUGUGGCAUAGCUGUGAGACAGGUCUCGAGGAAGAUUAUUGCUAUGCGGUCGACUUAUCGUAUGGAGAGACGAAGACUUGCUGAGGCUGCGUUCAAGGGAGACAAGCAGAGAAGUCGAUUGAAGUGGUAUCCAUUGGCGGAUAGUUUUUUGAGGCCAUUUUGUAAACUCAAGAGAGUGCCUGGAACAUCGAACAUCCUUGACGAACCAUCCGAAUAUAAGACUGACGAUGACAACGACGAAGAUUCAACAAAAAAACCGAACGACAUCAAUGGUGAAGAGAAUGCGUCUAUUCCUGACAAUGAUAGCGACAUGGAAGACGACUUUAAUGACAUCCAAAGUUACGACUCUGAAGAUGAACCAAUAGCUCGUUUGAAGAUCGACCUUUACAUCAAACACGAAUCCGAUAGUGAAAAAAAGGUAAAAAAACCCGAGACGAAAAAAGACGAAAAACUUCAGCCCGUGGUUAAAAUUCCACGAAUUCGUAUAAAACCAAUUGUCCGUCCAUGGAUGUUGGCCGAAUCGAUACAAUUUGUCGAACUUUUUCACAUUCAUGGGUGUCUAUGGGAUCGGAGGCAUCCGAAUUAUAAAAAACUCUCCGAACGAGCUGUGGCUUUCGAGGAUAUCGCUCAUAAAAUGGACAUGCCAGAGCGAAGGAUACGAAAGAAGAUGAAAAUCCUCCUCAAGUCGUAUUAUGCCGAGAGGAAGAAAAUCGAAAUGGCUCGUGAGAAAAAUGAGCCUUAUCAAACCGAAUUGGCUUGGUAUCCCAUGGCUGAUGAGUUUCUUGGUAGAAAAGUCGAAGAAAUGCCUCCUCCUCCUUCAAUGGCUCCGAUGAGUUUUGUCGAUCCAGAUUUAAUGUCACCGGCACCGUCUUUAUUUAGAGAUUCCAAUGAAGACAAAGAAAUCAAAGUUGAGGCACCUGAUUCACCACCGAGAAUCGAUUCACCAGAUCACUUUGAUGAUGUUGUGGAUUCUCCACCACCACCAGAAGAACCUCAACAAAAUCUUCCAUCUAAGACUCCCCCCUCACAGAUGAAAGUUCAAAUUUUUUAUAUUUCAUCGGCCACCGAAGGUCCUCAAGCUGAAGCUUCACUUAAAACUCCAGUGGAAGUGAUAACAGCUGAAAUUGAUCAAAAGCCAGAAGUCAUAAAUGACACCGGUAUCAAAAUUGAAUCACCACCCGAAGAUGACUUCCCCAAGCCCGAAUCAUCAGAAGAACAACCCACAAAGAUUAUUUGGAACGGUCUGGAAGAUGAUCUUCUGGAAGGUAAAUGGAGUUUAAAGAACUCGGUUAAAUUCCUUCGACUCUAUGGCGCCCAUCGUUGUCUCUGGGAUUUGAAUAGUCCCGAUUAUCGGGUGAAGGAGUUACGAGAAGCAGCCCUGGAGGAUAUAGCCGCUGCCAUGGGUCAUGGACUAGAUGCAGAAUAUGUAUGGAAGAAAAUCAAGAUUUUCCGCAUCACUUAUAUGCAACAUCGAAAGCGAAUGCUUGAGGCCACAAAAGCCGGCAAAGAACCGGAAAUCCAACUGAGAUGGUUCCCAUUGGCUGAUAGCUUCCUACGUCCGCACAUUGGUCUGAGAUCGAUUAAAUCCGACGAAAAGGAAAUGCCACAAUUUGAUUUUCAAUAUGUCUAUGCUAAUUUGAAUUUAAUUGAUCCGGCUCUGUUGAAUGACUUCGAGGGGAAAGGGACACAGAAUUCGAUCCAGUUGGGUGGUGGUGAUGGAAGUUGUGGUCUGGGUAGUGGCAGAAGCAGUCGGGCAAAAAAAGGAAUGAACAUUGCAGAGCAAUUAAGUUCGGAAGACGAAGCUGAAGACGAUUUUGAUGAUGGAUUCUUUAAGAAGGAGAAUGGCUUGAAGAAAGAAGACGAAAUUGGUUCUUAAAAGGUACCUUUAAACCAUUAAAUUGGUUAUUCUUUGUGCCUUUUUUAUAUAAUAUAAAAAUAAGUUAGUAAUUUUUGUCUUCAAUAAAUAUAAAUCUGUUUAAAGAUUGGUU